GCUUGCGUGUGGAGGCGACCGUUGCAGGGGUCCCCGUGGAGGCGGGCACGCGAGUGCCGUUGGCAGCUCGUCUUUCGAAUGCGAAGUGGGUGGUAUGCGCAGCCAGUCGAUAUCGAUGAAGCAAGAACGUCCACCUCCCACCACCCCCUGCCGGUCGUCUUCCGCGAGCCGCUAUAUUGGACUCUGCUUCCGCGCUUUGUCGUCAUCGAAAGGUGGCAGAUCUGUGUGUCGUGUUUUGCUGCAGGAGUGCAUGGCUGACAUGGUGAGGAAGUUAGCUCUGCUAAUCAUCCUGCUUGGGGCGAUGGUGCUGUUCAUAGCUCUGCACGCGUGCCACGUGGCCGGUGCUCGCAUCCGGCGUGGAAGGAGGAAGGGGUUGAAGAGGCUUCGUCAGGGCGCUUCGGGGAGCAAAGGGAUGGGGGAUGAAUACAGUCGGGGUUGUGAGGGUUUUGGGAUGGGGAGGGGGGCGUACGAAGGAGGGAGUGGAAUGCAACACUACCUCCACCACAAGUUUGAUCCAAAUUUGUAUUCGCAUCUCUCUCCUCACCAGCAGCCUUUGCCUGAUGACACGACCUGGACGUCCCCUCCGUCGACAUUGGGUCUGGCAUGGGAGUCGACACAGACAUCUUAUGACACACCACCGCGAGUUGAAAGCACCGGAGGGGGUGUGGGUCCCAUGUCCGCUUUGCUGGGCGAAACGCGGGGCAGAGGCCGUCAUCCAUUCGAUUUGCAACCGUCACCCACGACCACCAUGGACGUGUCUAGAACGGUCCUCGUCCAGCGGAGUGGACAGGGUGGCGGUGCGAGCACGCAGACAAUGCAUGCCAGUGGCCUUGACGACGGGAUGUCAAUGCAUCGGCCGAACCAGAUCUCAAGGCCUGCGCCUAGCCAGGCCGCACCAGCGGGCAGCGUGCCGUAUCACCAAACUGCGGCAGGCGCGACCAUGCAGGAUCAGAGGCCUGAUCUGGGCGGUGUUGCGGAAUCCCCUCGAUGCGUGGAGCGUAUUGUCUGCCGGUUCAAUAGCUUGAGGGCUACCAGCGACGGUGACGGAGCAGGCACGACCAUGCAGGAACGGAGGCCUGAUGUGGGUGGGGUAGCGGAAUCCCGUAGAUGCGUGGAGCGUGUUGUCUGCCGCUUCAAUAGCUUGCGGCCGACCAGCAACGGUGAUGUAGGCGGCCGUGACGGUGGUGCCAGCAAGACGGACCGCAUCGACAUUGAAGACGAUGACGGUGACGACGAUGACGAAGACGAAGCUCCUGUCAAGGAAGCAGCCUCCAUCGGGACGAAAAAGCAAGCUUCCAAAGGUCGUGGGAAAGCGAAGGGGAAGGAUAAGGAAGGUGAUACGAACGGCGAGGGAGGUGGGAGUGGAGCGCGGGGGAACUGGAGUUUGAACGAGUCCCUCGUUCUUGUCCGGUGCAAGAGGGACCAAGAUGACUACUUCGCUAAUGUGGGAACCAACUUCGCCAGAAUGAAAACGAAGGACCAGAAGUGGAUGGACAUCGCUAAGCGGAUGGAGAAGGAUGGAGUUCGGCGGGACGGAGAGCAAUGCAUGAAGAGGUGGGAGAACAUAUUCGGGUGGUACAGGAAAGUGUGGGACAGGGAGAAGGACUCGGGACUGCAAUCGUACUUCCUCAUGACCACGAAAGCACGGAAGGAGAAAGGGUACAAGUUCAAUCUAGACCGCACUGUAUAUGACGCGAUCCACAUCAUGCAGGGGAACAACCAGGUCAUUCACCCGCCGAAUCUUGUGGACAUAGGCAACACAAAAGGACAACAGUCACAACAACGUGAGCAAAGCCAAGCGGCUGCAGGUGGUGGGGAAGCAGACACUUCGGCGAGCGAGAACAGGGGAGCGGAUGCGGGGGACAGGUGUGGCAGCAGGUCGUCUUCUAACGGCAUUCAUGGCAAGCGGAAGAACGCCAGGCAACUGGCUUUCAAGGCGGUGACGGAUGUGAUGAAAACGCACUCGGCCGUUGUCGCGGAGUCCGUGAACCGCGCGAGCAAGCGACAAUGCGACGUGCUCCAAAGGCAGUGCGACAUAAUGGAGAGGGAGGCGAGAACGCAGGAGAGGCAAUGCGAAGUUCUCGACGUCGGGCAACGGAUGUUUGCGGCAUUACGAGGUGGACGCGAACGGAGAUACAAUUUCCACGUCAUCGUCGCGCUGGGAUAUGCGGAUGACAUGCUGCGCGAGGUAGUUGGCUAUGCAACGAAAGUCGGUCGCGCGAUCCCCAACCGCUGGGAAGGAGGAGUGGACGUUCUCGCUGACAUCGUCGACCUCCUAAUGUCCAACAUCGCGAUCGAGCACGACGACCGCAUGACUGUUCCUGCGGAUUUUCGGGUGCACCCCGAUCCUCCCAUGCACAACCCCUCGGGUCUACGCGGCGAGAUCCACAGCAUCAACGAGUAAGUGUAGAUGGAAUCGAUGGCGGCAAAGCGAGA